AUGUCUCACUCUGGACACAGACCAUAUGAGUGUGAGGAAUAUGAAGAGAAGUCAUAUAAAUGUCAACAAUAUAUGAAAGUAUUCACUCUGGAGAUAAAUUAUGAAUGUAAGCAAUGUGGGAAAGUCUUCAGUCGUUUCAGUUACCUUCAUAGCUAUGAAAGAACUCAUACUGGAGAGAACCCCUAUGAAUUAAAGGAAUGUGGGAAAGGGCAUGAACAAACUCAUACUGGAGAGAACCCCUAUGAACAUAGGGCAUGUGGGAAAGGAUUUAGUCAUCUCCAGUCCCUUAAAGGAUAUAGACAGGCUCACACUGGUGAAAAACCUUAUGCUUUUACAUUCAUCACCAUGAAAGAACUCAUACUCAAGAAACGCUAUGUAUGUAAGGAAUGUGGGAAAGCCUUCAGCUGUCCAACGCUGGCCGACUGUGCCGCGCCGCCAGCCAACCCCUACCUGUGGCUCAACGUGCCGGGCGCUGGCUGCCUACCCGCUGCCGCCGCCGCCGCCUACCUGGGCGUGCUCUUGCAGCCGCCGCCCGCCUGCGGCGCGCUGCACACGCCCUUCGCGCCCACGGAGCUGGGCUGGCUGUCGGUGGCCAGCCGCAAGGACCUGAUGAAGAUGGUGCGGCCGCCCUACUCGUACUCGGCCCUCAUCGCCCUGGCCAUCCAGAGCGCGCCCGAGCACAAGCUCACGCUCAGCCACGUCUACCAGUUCGUGGCCGACAGCUUCCCCUUCUACCAGUGCAGUAAGGCGGGCUGGCAGAACUCCAUUUGCCACAACCUGUCGCUCAACGGCUGCUUCAAAAAGGUGCCCCGCGACGAGGACGACCCAGGGAAAGGCAACCACUGGACUCUGGACCCCAACUGCGAGAUGUUUGACAACGGGAACUUCUGGCGGAAGCGCCGCUCCGAGGCUGGUGGCGCCGCGAAGGCCGGGACGUCGAAGCCCGAGGAUGGGCUCCCCGUGGGACUGGGUGCCAAGCCGGAGGCGGCCGGCCCAGCCUCCCUACCGAGGCCCGCCGCAUCCCCAGAGCCCGCCAAGGGCGCACAGAACGUUGCCCCGACUCCCAGGCCAGCGCUCGCCUCCAGCCCGUGCCUCAGCAGCUUCUUCGGCAGCCUCGGUGCCCUGGGCAGCGGUGGUUCCCAGCGGUCCCUUGCCGGCGGCCACCCCACAGGGACCCAGGGGGCCCCGCUGCCGCCGCUGGGUACCUUUAUCCCAGCCUCCACCCCUGAGGCCUUGCCAGAUGCCCUGCCGCUGGGCAGCGGGCCCGGCCCUGGUGGCAGCCAGCAGCCCUACUAUGGCGCCUUCCCGGCCGGCGCUGGCAGGAGCCAAGGCAGCGCCUUCGACGGCCCUCUCUACAACUUGGGCGUGGUCAGCGGCCUCGCCUACCCACGGGAGGGCUCAGAGCUGUAG